UACCUCUGUACAGUAACUUGUAUUAACCAGUUUUUUAGCUGCUGCUUUUAAGAACAUAUUAGUAUAUACCAGUUGAACAUUUGGGGUUGAUUUUUUCAAACACUGCAGUACCUCAUCUAAUAAUUGUACACUAAAUUUGAUUGGGAAUAUAUCAAUAACGUUGCAAUAAUAUUUACACAAAUCUAAGCCAUACACAACAUUAACAAACAGGCAUUUAGAUAAAGGAGGUGUAAUAUUUAGGAGAUGAGAGUAAUCGUCUAGUGUCAGAGAUGUUUUAAAAGUAGUGUUUAAUGCAAGAAAGAGGACUAUAUCUUCUAGUUCUUUAUUAAACAUUUCAUUAGGUUUGUUGUCUUUUGUAAUAUAGUUUUUUGAUUUCAGGAAUGUUUGUAUCUCUAUCAUUACUGUCAUGAUAAUGUCUUCAUUGCCUAAAAUCAUAAUUCGAUUUAUUCUAAUAUAAAAAUACAUUUUAAUAUUUUAUAUAAUAAUACCUCCUUUAUAGUUCACCCUUGUAAAGUCGCCAGUAUUUUUUAUUAGGUUUGCCAAAAUACUUUGAAUGGCUAUCAAAUCACUGGUUUUGCAGAUUUUCCAUAUGUCUCCAUUUUUUUACAUUACCUGUGAUAAUGAUCAUUCCUUUGCACCAUUUAUAGUAUUGCUAUAAAAUGUUUUUAAGACAUAUUUUCAAAAUAUGCCAUUGGGGCCCUUUGACUGCACUAGGAAUUAUCAAGAUUGUUACAGCAAUGACUAUUCAUUGUUCGAAUAUGUGGUGGCCCAAACAUACAAUUGGUGGAACGCUUAAUUUUGUUGUAUUUAUAAGUUUUUCUGGUCUCACACUUUAUAAUUUCCUUUCUUCGAUAUAUCAUGGACCUGGUUAUUUACCUUUGAGUUGGAAACCAAAAAAUGAACAGCAUUGCAGUUUUCUUCAAUUUUGUGAAGAAUGUCGAGGGUAUAAAGCUCCUAGAUCUCAUCAUUGUCGGAAAUGUGGUCGUUGUGUAUUGAAAAUGGACCAUCACUGUCCAUGGAUUAAUAAUUGUGUAGGUUGGGGUAAUCAUGCACAUUUUAUCUUCUUUUUAAUGUUCGCGACACUAGGAUGCCUGCAGGCGUCCAUUAUUUUAGGAUGUUCAUUGUAUAAAUCAAUACACAGAGUGCAUUAUUUUUAUAAAGGUGAAGCAGUUAUCAAUUUUGGCUUGUAUGGCAUGAUUUUAUGCGUUCUUGCUCUUGGAUUUGCAGUUGGAGUUGUAAUCGCAGUAGGCAUGCUUUUAUAUUUUCAGCUUAAGGCCGUAAUUAAGAAUAGAACAGGCAUCGAAGAUUGGAUUAUGGAGAAAGCCACGCUUCGAAGAAGAGGUUUAAGCGAACAAUUUGAAUUUCCCUAUGACUUAGGAUUUAAAAAUAACGUACGUCAAGUAAUUAAUCUUACCUGCCAGCCCGUUGGAGACGGAAUUUUAUCUUGGCCCGUGAUUGAUGGUUGUCAUGAAUUUUCGCUUACUUUAGAGCAAAUCGAUCAAAAAGCCGAAAAACGAAUGAAAUCCAAAAUGUAUAAAAUAGUACAUCCGGCCUCAGGUUAUUGGUUUCCGCUGAGUUACGGGAUAAAAGUAUGUCUGAGUUACCCGUUCAAUGACGAACCUCGAAUUAAGUUGGAUGUAGGCGAUUCCGUUAUCGUUACUAGGUGGAGAAAGUACUGGCUGUUUGGCGAAAAAGUGAGAAGUGAUAAAUACUCUGAAAAAGCAGAGAAUAGAACGAGGGGUUGGUUUCCUAGGAAAUGUGGCGUAGAAGUUAUUGAAAAUAAUUGUGAUUCCUUAGAAUAUGCGAAUUGUAAUAAAAUUGAAACGUCAGACAAAAAGAUCAAAUAAAGAAC